AUGUCCGCCCCCAACCCCAAGGCCUUCCCCCUCGCCAACGCUCAGCUCACCAACCAGAUUCUGGAUGUUGUGCAGCAGGCUUCUCACUUCAAGCAGCUCAAGAAGGGUGCUAACGAGGCUACCAAGACCCUGAACCGUGGUAUCUGCGAGUUCAUCAUCAUGGCCGCCGACGUCGAGCCCAUCGAGAUCGUCCUCCACCUCCCCCUCCUCUGCGAGGACAAGAACGUUGUCUACUGCUUCGUCCCCUCGAAGACCGCCCUUGGCCGUGCUUGCGGUGUUUCGCGCCCCGUCAUCGCCGCCUCGGUCACCACCAACGAGGCCCGUGAGCUCAACUCGCAGAUCCAGGCCGUCAAGAACGAGAUCGAGAAGCUCCUCAUCUAA